CGCCAGUUUUUUUUUUCCAUUGUGGGAUCUCGCAAGCGCCAUCGUCACAGACUAGUCCUCUCCAUAAUUUUUUUUCAUCCCUCGCUUCACUUCACUUUGCCGCCAGCCGCUUCUCCCUGCCCGCGCUCUAUUGCUUUUUGCCCCAGCCUGCAUCAUCAUCAUCAGGCUGCAUUGCCAUCGAACGAGCAACCGCCUGCUCCAACUAUACUCCUGCCUCCCCUAAAUCGUCGACUCUACGACUUGCACGCCGGAGCUGCGAGGGGCAGCUCACUGUCAAGACGACUUCCUCAAAGAAGAGAAGGCUCGUCCGCCCCGCCACCACCCACGCACAGCGUCUCUCCGACUCGUCGCCCUCCCCCGAAACCGCCUUGCCUUCGUCUGAGCAGGCCGGUAACGACGAUCCCGCAUACUCCUUUUCCGAAACCUCUUUGCCCCAAGGGCUCGACGCUCCGUCCUACAUUCGCGGCGAGUCCAUCCCCGCCUCCAGCCUGCCACCCCGCCUGCUGGCCCACGGCGCCAACAACGCGUUCCCGGCCGACGACGCCUCCUCCAUUGCGUCCUCUCCUUGCGCCUCGGCCUACGCUGAGCUCACCUUGGAGAGUGACCGUGGAAGCGACGAUCCUGCUUCUGGUACGAGAUCAACCAGAACCAGGUCGCCAUACCCGCUCUCGCGCAGGGCAAUUAUGAACGGCGACGCCGACCUGCCUCACCGGUCCUCGUCCCCAUUGAAACGACGGGCUUCCAGCAUGGAUCCCGAAUCAAAUAGCGUCGACAUUGUCGAUGUCGACAUGUCCUCUUCGCAAACUGCUGAUUCUGCUAGUGGUUUGCCCCGCGCCAUGAGCGUGGACGCUCCCGACCCCGAUGCUGCUGCUGCCUCUCAGCCACCCCCUCCAUUAACAGAGCAGAUUAAAAUUGUCGAAACCCUUCUCAAGGCGUUUGCAGACGCUCCCGUUCAGGAAGGAGACACGGCAUAUGUCGUAUCGCGUUCCUGGCUCGACAAGGCCCUGGCCCUGCGUACCGGUCCGAAAAAGGCAAAGACCGGAUCCCAAGACGGACCGCUCGGCCCCGUGGAUAACACCGAUAUUAUUCAAGAAACGUUUAAGCAACCUGAUGGCAGCAUCUUCACACGUCUUCGACCCGGUAUCGGACUAGAGUCGUAUGAACUCUUCCCAGAAGAUGCCUGGGCCAUGGUUCGCGAUUGGUACGGUAUUGUAGAAGGUCAAGAACCCAUUAAGCGCGAGGCUAUCGAUACAUCCGAUGCCACCGAGACCAACAUCAUUUACGAAAUCAACCCGCUCGUCUUUCGCGUUCACCGCCUUUGGUCGGAACUCAGCCCUUUGCCGAUUGAGCAAUCACUCAAGGCUAAGAACCCGCCGACGUUGGUGGUUGCCACGAGCCGCAAAGCUGUUGCUCAGAAGCUGCUCAAGGAAAUUAAGACCCUUGCUGGCAUCCCUCUGGACCGCAAGGUCCGCAUCAUUCAAAUUACCCCUCCUAUCCCUGCCGCAAACUCUCCCGCGAUAGACGCUACUCUUACGCCACCUCUUUCGCCGGAUAGCAAGGAUGCGGAAGCUGCUGUCCCUGGUGUCUGGCCUCAUCUUCUUUUGGAGAACCCGACUUUUACUGCUCUCCCUCGCGAGAUGCGCCAGGCUAGCGGUCUCAUUGAUCAUACAGUCAACAGCAAUUACAAUGGAAAGUCCUCACUGCUAAUGAACAAUCUGGUCACCGAUUGCACAUUGGUAUUGGAUGAAUCCAUUGAUAAGAACAGCUGGGUUAGCACAUAUACCGGCAAGUCGACAAGCAAAGGGCUUGUCAAGUCGAUAUCGUCGCGAACAAGCAGUGCGCGUAGUAGCCCGGCACCCGAGGGUAUCAUGACACGAGGACGGCUGAAGGGUAAGAAGUUUGGUCGCGGAGUUGGUGCCGUCGGUCUACACAAUCUCGGCAACACCUGUUACAUGAACUCGGCUUUACAAUGUGUUCGCAGUGUAGAGGAACUCACAAAGUUCUUCUUGACAGAUGCCUACAUGAGUGAAAUUAACAAGACCAACCUUCUUGGAUAUCACGGAAAGGUCGCCAUGGCCUAUGGCGGUUUGCUAAAGGAGAUUUACGCCGAAGGUCGGGGUUCUGUUAGCCCUAGAGAUUUCAAGGCGACUGUGGGCCGAUGCCGCAGCACAUUUUCUGGAUGGGGUCAGCAAGAUUCGCAGGAAUUUCUUGGAUUCCUCCUCGACGCUCUGCAAGAAGAUCUGAGUCGCGUUAAGAACAAGCCUUAUAUCGAGAAGCCAGACUCUACGGACGACAUGAUUAACGACCCAGAGGCCAUCCGCCAAAUGGCAGAGAAGGUCUGGGAUAUUACCAGACAGCGUGACGACUCCGUCAUUGCAGACUUAUUUACUGGAAUGUACAAGUCGACGCUGAAGUGCCCUGAAUGUGGCAAAAUUAGCAUUACCUUUGAUCCUUUCAACAACUUGACGCUCCCGUUGCCCAUGGAGAACAUGUGGACAAAGGCAGUCAAGUUCUAUCCCUUGAAUGAUUUACCCGUUAAGCUCGAGGUAGAGCUUCCCAAGCACAGCUCCAUUGAAGCCCUGAAGCAAUAUCUUUCCGUUCGCCUAGGUGUUCCCGCAGAGCGCCUCAUUGGUGCCGAAGAGUUCAAAGGCGCCUUCUUCAAGAUUUAUGACGACACAAUGGACAUUUCAGAAGAGAUUUCGUCUUCUGAUGUCCCAACGUUCCACGAGCUGGAGGCUAGGCCAACAAACUGGCCAGACCUUAGCCAACGUAAAAAGUACAAGUCCAUGCUGGAUGUUGAGGAGCCCACUGGUUCAGAGUGGGAAGAUGCCCGGUACGACGUAAUGGUUGUGCCCGUAUUCCACCGCCGCCCAGCAAACUCGUCACGCACAGAAGGCACUUCGCCGCCACACUUUAUCACCUUGACUCGAGAGGAGGCGCGUAGUGAAGAUUUAAUUCGCCGCAAGGUUUUGGAACGAGUUGCUACUUUUAGCACAUGGCCCAAGUUCAAGGAACUUUACACCUCUGAACAAAACGGUCACGCCACAAGCAACGGAUCCGAUGCCGAGUCUGCAGAUGUCAAUGUUGCCGCUCGCUCCGUAGAAGGUGAAGACGACAUGGUAGAUGUGAGCAUGAAGGACGACAACUAUGUAGCGCCAAACCAGCCCAAGUUGCUCAAGGAGUUUAAGCGCCAGCGCCCAGAGUUCGUCAAGGCCGGCACUUUCUUGGACCCGGAGCUUCAGAACCUCUUUAGCCUCAGCUACUUUUAUUCGGGCAACGACGGAGCGGUACCUACUGGAUGGAAUGCCCUCGAUAACAGCCGAACGCUCCCCAAGAUUGCUGACCGCGCGCCCCAAGUCAAGGCUGAUGAAGAAGAGAGCACCAGUGUCGAUGGCUCCAACAGCAGCCAAUCUGGCAAUGAGGACAGCAGCAAUGACGAAGACGGCCAAGACUUGGCUACUCAAACACGCAUGGCUGAUGAAUCGAGCGAAGAGGAGAUUGAGCAAAUCUAUCAGCGCCCGCUACACAACCAGAAACCUGGUGCGGGAGGUCGCAAGAAGUUCAAGGAGCACAAGAUGUAUGGCAAGAAGGGCAACAAGCGCCGCGCGAAGCAGAUGCGCGGCAACAAGGGCGGUGCCCAGCGUAUGCCCAACGUUGCCCCUCAGCCAAUGCCGCCUGCUGUUGCCGAUGGCGGACCUCUUAUCCGCAUGUCGGAGGGUCUGGUCGUUGACUGGAACGAAGAUGCAUGGGAUACUCUGUUUGGUCAGAUGAUCAAGACUGCCGACUCAACGCAGGGUGCCAAGACGUUCACCAACCUUGAGUCUCUUGAGGAUACUGCGCUCAAGAUUAACCAGAGACGGCGCCAGAGCCGCAAGUCCCGCGGCAUCACGCUUGAGGAAUGCCUGGACGAGUUUGAGCGAGCAGAAAUCUUGUCGGAAGAGGACAUGUGGUACUGCCCCCGCUGCAAGGAACACCGCCGCGCCAGCAAGAAAUUUGAUCUGUGGAAGACGCCAGACUAUCUGGUUGCGCAUUUGAAGCGCUUCAGCAGCUCUGGAUGGAGACGCGAUAAGCUUGACGUGCUUGUCGAGUUCCCGAUUGAAGGCUUAGACUUGACUUCGCGCGUCAUCCAGACAGAGGAGGGCAAGUCUGAGGUGUAUGACCUGAUUGGAGUCGACGACCAUUAUGGCGGUCUCGGCGGUGGUCACUACACUGCGUAUGCCAAGAACUUUGUAGACGGCAAGUGGUACAACUACAACGACUCGUCAGUGAGCGCCGUAUCAGACCCUAACUCCGUCAUCACCACUGCUGCGUACCUGCUCUUUUAUAAGCGCCGCUCAAGCGGCCCUCUUGGAGGAGAGCGAUUCCGCCAGAUCCUGGAAAAGUUUGACCGCGAUAGCCAGAGCGACGCGAGCGAGGAAGAGGCCGAGGCAGCAGGUGACGGCCGUGGCUGGCACCCGCCCUUGAAGCACGAUUCUUCGGAUGACGACGAUCUCCCCUCGUACUCCAAGUUGACCAACAUUCGAAGCAGCGUAGAGAACGGUGGUCGAAAAUCCCUGGAUCUGACACAGGGCUGGACAUUUGGCGGCCUGAAUGGCGAUGCCGAUGUUGCCAGCGACGCUGCGCAGGCAGACUCGUCUGGAGACGAAGGUGCGGACAACCAGAUGAUGACAGAGGCCGACGCAUCCAACGUGGACAUUGAAAUGGGCCUAGGACCAGGAAGCAGCCAGGUCGAGGCGGAUGAAGUGGCGGAGAUACAUUUAGACGGGGAGAAUUAAAGAAGGACGCCACGUCUACAGCUACAGCUAUAGCUACAGCAGCCACGAUACAAAAAACAGAAGAUAGACAUACAAAUGCAUUAUGAAGUUACCAUG